GAAGAACAUGUAAAGCGGAAGGUGUCUGUCAUAGUACAAACUUCUUGGUAACACUUCCUAGAGCCCAGCGUAAAUAAACUGAUUAGUCGGGGGAGAUGGCUGGAGAGACAGAAGAUGAGAUCCCUGAAUCCGGAGCCGUCUUCACUUUUGGAAAGAGUAAAUUCGCAGACAAUGCCCCUAGUAAAUUCUGGUUAAAAAAUGAUGUACCUUUGAAAAUUUCCUGUGGAGAUGAGCACACAGCACUGGUGACAGAAAAUGGGAAGCUGUUUAUGUUUGGCAGUAAUAACUGGGGACAGCUGGGCCUCGGAACAAAAACCACUGUGAAUAAACCCACUUGUGUGAAAGCCCUAAAAUCAGAGAGGGUGAAGCUUGCAGCCUGUGGAAGAACUCACACGCUUGUUUAUACGUCCCGUGGUAACCUGUAUGUCUCUGGAGGGAAUAACGAAGGACAGCUCGGCCUCGGUGACUGUGAUGACAGAACUUCCUUCCACCUAGUGGACUUCUUCAGCAAACAUGGACAAGUCAAAAUGCUCGCUGCUGGUUCCAAUACCUCUGCUGCCCUGACGCAGGAUGGCAGGCUCUAUAUGUGGGGCGAUAACUCAGAGGGACAAAUUGGAUUGGGAAAGGAAAGUAAUGCAUUGACUCCUCAGGAGGUUUCUGUAGGGAAACGAGUGUCCUGGGUGUCCUGUGGAUAUUAUCACUCUGCCUUUGUUACUGUGGAUGGGGCCUUGUUCACAUUUGGAGAAAAGGACAGUGGGAAGCUGGGCUUGUCCACAGAGAAGCUGGCCAGUCAUAAAGUGCCUCAACAGGUGACCGGCAUCUCUGAUAAGGUGGUACAGGUAUCCUGUGGAGGAGGGCACACAGUGGCGCUUACGGAACACGAGGUGUAUUCGUUCGGCCUGGGUCAGUUUGGACAGCUUGGUCACGGCACUUUUAUAUUUGAGUCACGUUUACCCAGAGUGGUUGAGCACUUCAAAAGGGGCAGAGUUAAACAUGUUCAGUGUGGAGAAAACCAUACAGCGCUGAUUACUGACAGCGGCCUUUUGUACACAUUCGGUGAUGGUCGACAUGGAAAACUGGGGCUUGGAGAAGAGAACUUCACAAACCAGUUCAAACCAACGCUGUGUCCAAGAUUCCUAGACUAUCAUGUGCAUUCUGUUACAUGUGGUGGGUGUCACAUGCUUGUGUUGGCAAAGCCCAGGCCUAAAGGUUCAGAGGAUUUGAUCCUGGAGGAGGAUGACGUCACAGAAGACUACUUAGAGAAGUCUUAUACUGAAUUAUUGGGGGACUCAAACAGUCAGGCCACCCUAAACAGGAGUCUCUCGGCUCGGGUCAGACGCAGAGAACGGGAGCGUUCCCCAGAUCAGUUUGGACAGAUGUUUCGAACACUUCCACCCUUGGGCGGAAAUCAGCUGAAUGCAUCUUUAUCAGUUCCCAGCCAGAUCCAUCACUCCCAUAGUAAACAACCAGGAAAGAUCUCUCACAACAGCCUCAAAAUUCUCGGAAAGAGAGAGAAGUCUCUCGAUGACAGAAGCAGUAUGGAGGAUAGCGAGAGUGUAAAAGACCUUGGAGAAACCACUGACUUAUUAAACCUGACUCACAUAAUGAAGAUGGACCCUAGCGAUAAGACUCUCACAUUGUCUCCUAUGGAGAAGAAGAAAGUUAAGGUUGUGAAAGAGCACGGUAAGGAGAAGGGGAAGCCAAGAGAUGACCCCGCCCUUUAUAGUAAGAGGGCGGAGCUUUUAGCUCGCAAAGCUCUUCCGACUGAGUUACUUAGAAGCUCAAGUGGUAGCUCUGUAGUCGGGGACAGUCUUGGGUCAGGGACCCCUCACAAGAGCCCUAAGAGACAUGGUCAGGAUAAGGAAAAUGUACUUGUUGCUUUGGAGGACAGAAACACCAGAAUAGGGAUGGACAUAAGCAGAGCUGGAUCCAAAACUUUCCAGCCCAAACACAAACAGCUGAUGAAGUCAAGGGAUAAAGUCACAGGAAAAGACGCUGGGAAUAAAGUACAGAUGCUUGAGGAGAAAUAUUCAAAGGUAGAGGCUGAAAGCAAGAAGGUUGCUCAGUCAAAAGUAAGUACAAAACCAAACCAAGAAGGUAAAACAAAACCCGGAGAUCAUCCAUUGGAAGUCAGUAGCCUGUCUCAAAAGGAUGUGGGGAAAGAAAAAGAAACAAAAAUGAAACCCAUAAUUGUUGUUGAACAAUAUCUUGAACAGACCAUGCAACAGGACCAAAACCCAACAGGUAAGAAGAUCUCAAAGGAGAUCUUACCAAAAGCUCAGAAGAUGAAAGGUGAAACAAAUGCUGCUAAGACAGAAAACAAAAAUUUUGUCCCACAGAGCAAAAAGUCAGAUUCCAAAAAAGACUCAAAAAGUAAAAAGACAGCACAGGAGGUCUUCACUACCUCACAGGAAGAAAUUUCUACAAAGAAAACUAAGAAAUCGAAAGCAGAACGAGGCCAAUUUCUAGUAGAUGACACAAAAAAGGGCCCUACCAUUGUCUCAGAAGCUUUCUCAGCGUCAGAAUCUGAGCAAGUGAAGGAACAUCCUCUCACUAAGGUGACAUCAUUUCUCCAAGAUGUGGGAAUGGGAAGUCCUGCUCAUUUACUUGGAGAAACAGCAGUCACUCAGUUCCUUUCCCAGUCCACACCCCAAAAGAGGCCAAAACCUCUUUCGAAUCAGAGAACUCUAUCUGAUGUUUCGUCCCUGAGUGAGUCUUUUGAGGUUUCGGGACAAGAGGAGACAAGAGAGGCCAGGAGGACAGCCGUCACCAUCAACGUUAAGGCAGAAACAGAAACUUCAGAUGGGAACUUGGAAAGAACCAGCACAGAGUCCAAAACUGAGGUUCAUUCUGAGGUGGGAACAUUUGGAAGAAGUGAGGAGGAAGAAGGAGAAUCAGAUGAGGAGGAAGAAGAGGAAAGCGAGGGACUGGUGAACAAAAGGGAUGAGAGUGAGGAACUAGAAGAUCAAGAAGAGAAAAGUGAGGGAUUGGUAAACCAAAAGGAUGAGAGUGAGGAAGUUGAUGAUGGAGAGGAGGAAAGUGAGGGAUUGGUGAACAAAAGGGGUGAGAGUGAGGAAGUGGAUGAUCAAGAAGAGGAAAGUAAGAGCAAGACCCUAGAAAAUGAUGAUGAUUCUGAGGUUGAUGAAGAUGCAACAAUCAAAGCUUCUACUAAGGAUGAGGAAAGUGAGGAAGAGGAGGAGAAAAGUAAAAGUGAGGCAACUGAGGAUGUAGAGAGUGAGGCUGAGGAAAGUCAUGGAAUAGAAGAUGAGGAAGAAGAAACAAGUGAGAUAAGUAGGAAAAGUGAGGAGGAGAGUGGAGAAGAUGAGGACGAAAGCAAAACAAGUGAAGAGGAGGAGAGUGGAGAAGAUGAGGACGAAAGUAAAACGAGUGAAGAGGCGGAGAGUGGAGAAGAUGAGGACGAAAGCAAAGCAAGUGAAGAGAAGGAGAGUGGAGAAGAUGAGGACGAAAGCAAAACAAGUGAAGAAGAGGAAAGUGGAGAAGAUGAAGAUGAAAGCAAAACAACUGAAGAAGAAGAGGAGGAGAGUGGAGAAGAAUCAGAGGAAAAGACAGGUGGUGACAUAUCAGAGGAAGAGUCAGAUGAAAAGGAAGAAGAUGAGGAGUCAGAGCAGAACGAUAGUGAGAAUGAGGAAGAAAGUGAAGUGGAAGGUGAAAGUGAGGCAGAUGAAGAUGGUGAAAAGACUAGCGAAGAAGAGGAGAAAGAUUCAGAAAAGCAGGAGAGUGAGACUGAAGAUGAAGGAGAGAGUGAAAGAGAAGCAGAGGAGGAGCAAAGUGAGGAAGACAAAGAAGAGAGUGAGGAAGAUGAAGAGGAGAAUGAGGAAGAUGAGGAGGAGGGUGAAAGUGACGAGGAUAAAGCAAUCAAUGAGAAUGAUAAAGAAGAGGAAGAAGAAGAGAAUGAAAAUGACAAAGAGGAGGAAAAAGAAAAUGUUGAGGAGGAAGAAAAUGAAGAAGAAGAUGAAAAUGAAGAGGAAGAAGAACAGGAGAGUAAAGACAAAGAGGAAGAAGAAGAAAAUGUUGAGGAGGAAGAAAAUGAAGAAGAGGAAGCAACAGAGGGAGAGGAAGCAGAGGAGGAAGAGUCUGAAGAAGCAGAGGAUGAGGAGGGAGAAGAGGAAGACAAUCAAGAAGAAGACCAAGAGGGCAAAGAGGAGGAAGAGGAACAAGAAGAGGAGGAGGAAAAAGAAAAGACCAAAAGAAAACGUGAAAAAGCCUCAGAAUCCACCAAACCAAAGUCAAGUGUGAAAACAUCAAAACAGCCGUCAAAAGCCAAACGGGCCCAAGCGCAAAGCGAUCAGUCAGAUGAGGAGUCCCAUGAGUCUAAACAGUUUUGGGAUGAUGUUCUACCUCAGUACCUCAAUCUAAAAUAAUUCAGCAACCUCAACCUCUGUCUCAUUUUCCCUGAGUGUUAUGAGCUUCCUGUUUCAUACUUACCUUUUAUGCUCUUUCAUGCUUUUUACGUUUGUGAUGUUUACUUUAACUGUGUUCUUUUUCACCAUUAUUAUUCUUGCAGUUUCGCCCAUGGCGAUCUUACUAAAUGUAUUGCUUUACAUUUGUUUUAUUUAUUAUUUUACAAAAUUAUGUUUUCAUAAGUAAUUAUAUGGCCACGCAGUAGUGAAGACCUCAUCAUGUGCCUUGAGACAGCCAUGUUCAUUUACUAACAAAUGUGCUUGACUUGCCAGUGACCUUGAAUCAAACCUAUCAAUGACUUUAAAUUCUUAAAAAUACUAAAUUAUGUACCAAUUUGGUUUUUUAAAGAAUUUAAAAAUGCCUUUAAGUCAGAUGCCUAACCUAUGGCAGCUCAUAAUCAUUAUGACUAGUAAAAAAUAAUUGGAAAAAACAGGCAAAUUGAGCCCAAAGUUAGUCAUUAAGUAGCGUUCAGUUAUAAUUUUGCACUUGUGCUUGUUCUGUAAACUUUUUUUUUUUUUUUUACAUAUAGUAAUCAAUAAAUCUUGUCAUUAUUUCAACUAUUUGCAUCCGUUUUUAAAUAAAUACCUUUAUAUUCUCAAUAUAAUAAUUUUAUUUUAUUUUAACAAAAGCACAAAUUAUCCAGGGACUGAGAAUUUCAUACAGUAUCGCAGAAUUUAAGAAUAUGAUAUAUUUACAAAGUAAAUUUUCAUUUGAACUGUAAUUAUGCAAAUAAAGAAAGCCAUAUGAGAUACUGCCAACUUGCAAAGCCAUUCCAAUCAGGCAGAGUACUGAAAAUCAUUGGACAGGUGAGGCCGCCCUCAUUUUAUACUGUCUCUUUAGAGCUGUUCCUCCUUAAUAGAUCCCUAGUUCAUAUACCUACUUACUUCUGUGUGUUUAUAUAUGUGACCCUGGACCACAAAACCAGUCAUAAGGGUCAUUUUUUUAAAAUUUAGAUUUAUACAUCAUUUAAACAUCUAAAAGCUGAACAUAUAAGCUUUCCAUUGAUUGUUAGGAUAGAACAAUAUUUGGCCGAGAUACAACUAUUUGAAAAUCUGGAAUCGGAGGGUGCAAAAAAAUCAAUAUAUUGAGAAAAUCACCUUUAAAGUUGUCCAAAUGAAGUUUUUAGCAAUGCAUAUUACUAAUCAAAAAUGAAGUUAUGAUAUAUUCACUGUAGGAAAUUUACAAAAUAUUUUCAUGGAACAUAAUGCUUAAUAUCGUAAUGAUUUUUGGCAUAAAAAAGAAAAAUAGAUCAUUUUGACCCAUACAAUGUAUUUUUGGCUAUUGCUACAAAUAUACCCAUGCUACUUAAGACUGGUUUUGUGGUCCAGGGUCACAUAUGUAGUUUGUUAGUUUUAAUUUAACAAAGACUACUCAACCCUCUCCUGCCAUUCUAGUGCCUUAAGCCCUUUUUUCGUCUUUCAGUCACUUGUUUAGUCACUGAUUGUAUCGUUUCUCACUUUCUGGAUGGCCACCAUCCAUCUCUCCAGCUCCGCACAGA